UACUGUUCUGUUCCUUAUUUUUAAAGCAUCCUAUUGUCUCUUGGAUAUCUUGAAUACAAUAGCUUCUGUCAUCCCCUGAUACUAUUAAUGAUAAUCGUCAACCCUCAAAUUGCCUUAUGUUAUUUGUUUUAGUAUUUGAUCUCAUGUUAGAUGAUUUUCUCAGAUUUUUCAUAAUGCUUGGUUGCCUGUUUAAGAAUGGGGGGUGAAAAGGCUGCUUGAAGCACAUGCAUGGAACUAGUGACCAAGGCUUCACUGUGGAGAGAUCAAGCCAAAGAUUGAUUAGAGAUCAGCAUCUUAGUCUUUCCUCCAGGGCUGGAUGCAUUUCCCAGGUAAGAUUCUUCCAAUUUGCUACUUGGCGGGUAAAGACCUGGGUCUAUCCUUCUUGGAAACUUGUAGGGAACAUACACUCUAUCUCUCUCUCUCUCUCACACACACACACACUUCUAUUUUCCAUACUGAAUCCUGAGCUCAAUAGUACUUAGCAUCUUUCAAUCAAGAAACUCCUCUGCUUUACCCACCCCCAGAGGACACACUAACCAGAUAGGCAUUCCAGAGUUUCAAUAACCUCUUAAAUGGCUUUCAACCAAUUCUACUUAUUUUAGUAUUCUUUCCUUCGCCGCCACUAAGGUACCAGCUACUGCUAAUUCCUGAGCCUUUUAAGGUUCCUGCAGUGCAGACUGGAUUGGCUCUUGAUUUCCCAUUGCUGCCAGAAGAUAAAACUGCUGACUCAGUUAUCACAUUUACUCUGCAGCAUCUGAAAUAGUUCAAUAUGGAUUUACAGUUAAACAGACAAACCACGGUCCCUUUAUAGUAGUCUUAGUCAGGUUUGGGAUGGAGUCAAGUUAGAUGUGUUUUUCAACCUGCUACCUUUCUGGGUUCUAUUUUUUCUUUUUAACCUCCCCAAAUGAUUUAAGUCUACCUGUCAUAACUGUGAUUAUUUUGGUGACUCUAGGCAAAUUGUUUAAACAUCUAUAACAGGGGACAAAAUGCCUGCACUUCAUAUCAUUUGAAUAUUGUGAAAAACAGACAAAGAGACGUAUGCCCCAUCAAGAAGGCAUCUGGAUUAUGAUAACAGCAAGUUAGCAGGCCACACCAUUCAGAAGAGAAAGGAAAUUAAUAUUCCUGAGAAAAGAGGAAAUUAGAUACUACUUGAGAGAAUUUGCCCACUUUUCUGGUAUAACUAAUUCUGAUGGCUGGGAGUAAAGGACGCGGACGUGCAGCUUACACCUUUAAUAUUGAGGCAGUUGGAUUUGGCAGAGGUGAAAAGUUACCUGAUGUAGUAUUGAAACCCCCUCCACUAUUUCCCGAUACAGAUUAUAAACCAGUGCCACUGAAAGCAGGAGAGGGUGAAGAUUAUAUGCUGGCCUUGAAACAGGAGUUGAGAGAAACUAUGAAAAGAAUGCCUUAUUACAUAGAAACACCUGAAGAAAAACAAGAUAUUGAAAGAUAUAGUAAAAGAUACAUGAAGGUGUACAAAGAGGAGUGGAUACCAGAUUGGAGAAGACUUCCAAGAGAGAUGAUGCCAAGGAAGAAGUGCAAAAAAGCAGGCCCCAAACCCGAAAAGGUGAAAGAUACGGGCAAAGGCGCUUCACUCACUAAUACUGCAGAUGUGUUGAAAAAAAUCGAGGAAUUGGAAAAGAGAGGUGAUGGUGAAAAAUCAGAUGAGGAAAAUGAAGAGAAAGAAGGAAGCAAAGAGAAAAGUAAAGAAGGCGAUGAGGAGGAGGACGAUGAUGCUGCAGAACAAGAGGAAUAUGAUGAAGAAGAGCAAGAAGAGGAAAAUGACUACAUUAAUUCAUACUUUGAAGAUGGAGAUGAUUUUGGUGCAGAUAGUGACGACAACAUGGAUGAAGCAACCUAUUAGCUAUGAAAUUUCUCCCAAAAUAUCUUUAUGAUACCACUUCUGAACAUUUGGACAGACUUGUUUUCUAUUUCUGAUAAGGAAUAUUGUAUUUUUGUUCCUGUUUUGUUGGACAAAUACUUGCUGUCAAAAUAUUCAGAACCACUUUGAGUUUACAUACUAGUUACCUUACCAAUCAGUCUCUGAUACUCUGACAUUCCUUUUCAACACCCCUGUCAUCUGUCUUAUGUAUUCAAGUGGAUUUUUCUUGUAUCAUUUGGAUUUCAAUGUGCCUAGAGUUUUUGCAUUUUUUAAUCUAUGUAUUCAUACUUGAACAAAUUACUCUUGUUGAACUCGAUCUGUUGUAAAACUAUUACUAGUCAUUAUAGUGGAUUUCUAUAAUCUGAAAGUUGAUAUAAUAAUACUGCACAAAGAGCACUUUAGAAACAAACUUGAAAAUAAUUUUAUCUUUUACUUUCGCAUGGUAUGUUCUGUGCUGCAUUACGAAUGACUGCAAAAACCUACCUGAGCUCUUACAAUUGCAUAUUUUAUGAGAUUGGAAGUUUUGUGAUCAAAAACACCCAGGGAAAAAUGCCUCAUUCUGAAUUGUAUGAAUUUCCCAGCUCACAUCUCAGGCUGUACAAAAACCUGGGAUGAAUACUAAAAAUACAUGAAUUUGGAGCCAACUCAAUGCCACUUAACAUAUAAUCAUCUCACUGUAGUUAAGUUUGAUAUCUUUGAAUAGUUGGGCUUAUGAAAAAUUAGAUAUCUAAUUUUGUACUUUACGAAAGUGUAAAGUUCUAGUCAUAAAUCUCACUGCAGAAUGCAUGUGUAUGAAAUCUGUUUGGUGUAGUGGCCGUUGUUAAAUUUCACAGGACUCAUAGUUAUCCAAUUGAUUUAUAUAACAAUGUAGAAUAAAACUCAGGUCCUUUUAAAAUUAGGAUUAAUCUUUUUUGUUUUGAUUAAAAACUAGCUCCCAUGCCGUUUUAUAUUUUGGCAGGAAAAUACCUAAAACCCCCAGGCUCCAAAGACACACAAAUGCCAAAGAUUUUCAAGGGAAUUCGUAUUGUAUAUUUUUAAAUGAUUUCUUAAUAUUCCCUACCAAAAAGAAUAAAGACGAUAAUUUUUCCCUUUGGGGAAGAUAUUACCCAUUACCUUCUAACCUUGAGAAUCAAAGCCCUAGAUUCUGUUUCUACCUUUACUAUAGACUCAACCUUGAAAAUGAGCUUGGUUAAGUUUCCUGUGCCUUAGUUUCUCCACCUGUAAACUAUUUUCUAUAAAAAUUGCUUACACACCAACCAAAAUUUGCCAUGUGUAUUCAUUCAUACCUUAUAGAAAUGAUCACUUAAUUUAAAUUUGGUUCUCACCCUCUAAAAAAUGGUAACUUCAUAAGUGAUUGAAAACAAAGUUUUGAAAAACAAGCAUGUUUUCCUCACAAACUAUAUUAUAACCUGAUUUUCCCAUCUUGUAUUCUGGAGGGAAGGAUUGGAGAAAAUUUAUGUCUUGUGCCAUUUUGCAACAUGACUUUCUCAGGAAAAACAUCACUUUCAAUACCUCCUCAGAUUAUUCAAGGUGGGUGUGAAGACCAUUGUUAGUUCAGUGUGUCAAUCAUAUGUGAAUUAUUAGUUGAAAUUAGCUUCUGGGAAACUUUAAACAUUCUAAAUGGAAAACAAAAAAAGUCCACGUUAACACAGCAAUCUACUGGACUUAAAGUAGAAACUCACAUAAAGUUUCUAAUUGUAAUGGGCAAAUAAAGUCACUUGGGAUUGUUAAAACAUUGAUGUUUUAUUCUCUCACCUCCUUAGUACCUUAGCCAAAUACCAUUUAAUUUAUAGAAAUCUGAUCUCAAUAGUUCUAUUUACUUGCUUAGAUAUAAAUCUGCAGAUAACCCUGUGAAUUGGUCAGAUGCACUGAAGAUACAGAUAUUUAUUUUCCUAGCUUUCAAUUUUGCCUCCAGUUUUAGUCCAGCAGAUGGUAAGACAGCCCCUUUGGGCAGGGAUUUGCUAGAGGAGGCCCCAGCCAUCUGCCUUAAGUGCACUGUCUUCCCCCUUUGGAAGAUCUUUUUGUAAGUUUAAAGUAGACUAACUGUUGAGGACAGGGAGUAUUUACAGGUUGCUUUACCAGCAUGAAUCUUGUCUUUCUGGCUUAAAAUCUCAGAGACUGUGAAGUUACUUAUUCCAUAAGAAAGUAAACUUUAAUGCAGAGAUAGCCUCCUGUAUAUAAAAAAGUACUUGAAGUGUCUUUACAAUUGCUAUAUUAACAGGCCAAACUGUUUCGUUGCUAUAUGCUUAUUUUCCUGUUUACACAUUAAAUUCUUACAAAACAAAGUUGUGUCCUUUUGUUUUAUAUA